CGGGAGGUGGCGUCGAUUUUCGGAGCCGCGAACGAAUCGCGUCGACUCGAGUGCCUGUGGUGUGUGUCGUACACGAAGCGCGUCUUCGUCAAUGCCGGAUACGUCGGAGGUAAAGGAUUUUCGGCCAACCGACCGGGGUCUGCGAACCUUCUUGCGCAACAAUCGAUACCGCCCCGCUCGAUUUCCGUGACCCCGCCGGGAAGUUGAGCAGGUACGCCAGAAAUAUCGCGACGCCGAGCCGCGUUUUGCUCAGGGUUCUUUCUUGGAUUUAUCGCUCGCGGAGAGCUGCCGUGCACGCGGUGCCUCUGUCUCCCCGAUUUCGUGGAGAUACGUGGGUGCGAUUUCCUGCUGUUGGAUUGGGUCAUUGUAUCAUUGUUAUAGGAGAAGGUUAAAUUUCGGAAUCGUGCACAUCAUGCAUCCAAACGUAAUAUUACUGUCGACAUUGGUGGCCUUCGUCGCCACCGAGAGCAUUCUAAUGACGGAGGUCUUUGUCAUUCCCAUCAGGCCCGAGACUUUCGACUGGAGUGCAGAUGGACACUCUGAUCAAUUUUCAUAUCAACCCUCUUUGCUGAACGCCCCCGAUCUCCCAUCAUGGAUACAUUACACUUAUAGCAAGAAAGAUCAUCACGGUUUUUUAUAUGGCGUCGCCCCCAAAGAUCAAAAAUACUUUCAGCUCGAAAUCGUGGGAUUGAAUAAGCACACCUAUGAAACCCGUUAUAAAGUGCUCGACAUGAAUGUACUCGAGAAGGAGAAUUUGACAAAGUACGAAGUGCAUCUGAAAAUCGAUAAUCUCAACAUAGAAGAUAUGUUCGAUCGCAAUCGCACUGAAAAACUUCUCAAUAUAUUUAGGAAAAAGUUGUGGAAAGGCGCUGCGGAUUUGUACGUGACUUUUUUGGCGUCCGCGAUUGAGCUUGGAGCUCGUUUACCUCUGAAGCCUAGCGAAGGCGAAGGAGUCGUCGUGAGACUGGGUAGUACCAUGCCGUUCUCGCAGGAAUUGAACGAAUUGCAGGAGGAGGUCAAGCCGCUGUGGAAAAUGCCGUCGUGCCCUAGAGAUUUCAAAAGGACCAGCGUAGAGAUACUCUUCCGAGAGGCUGAGUUCAGACUGGACUGGUGUUCCUUCAGAUUACUGGAGGAAGAUCAGCACAGUUUGCAGCACGAAAGUGCCCGGAGGGGUCCCAGUGCGAACGUAGUGGGUCUACCUUCAUCGGGCAUUUCCGAGCACACGGAGUGGCGUUGGGCCCGUUCGACGAAAGCCAGCAUACCGACGAGAAGCUACUUCAAGGAAAUCGCCACCACGAUUUUCGUGCCGGUCGUGUUGCUCCUCGUGCUGGGCGCCUUACUCAGCACCGCUUUUUGUUUACAUCACGAGAAAAUGAAGGAUCCGGAGUCUGAUGAAUAUUUCGAUGAACUCUUUAAUAUUUUUCUCUUGAAAAAACAACCUGUCAGCGAGAAGCGAGAACCUACGCCAGGAGAAGGAGUCGGGAACAAUGGAAUACAAAUGGUGCAAUACGCUAUGUCGGAGAGAGGCACCCUGAAGUCCCUGUCAGCUCAGCCAUCGAGUCCGAAUGAUUCCCUAUCGCGAAGUCCAAGGACCUCUGGCGAACGCUGCAAUCCAUACAUUCGUCCAAAUCCACCACCUUACACCGGACCUAGUAGCUUCGCCGGUUUACGUGCCGAUUUCUGACUACACGAGCAGCCCGCGAAAACCUGGUUCUGCUAAGUGAAAUAUAGUUCGCGGGUGGCUUUUAAUCAACGUUCCAAGAAAGGCGCGCCGGAUAUCGCAAACUCGAAACCGGCUCCAAAUUUACAAGUUGAAUCACAUUAAAUAGGCACGUCGCUUAUUAUCGGUAACAUCGGUAUUGCGUCACGCCUACCAAGCAGUAUAUGCCGAGUGAUUCGUGUAGUGAUAUUAGGUAUUCCCCCUGGGAAGUCGAUUUGCGUUUGAAACAUUUUCCGAAAUCUCUCUUCGUAAAUAGACGUAUUGUUUAAAUAUAAAUAGAAAAGCGUUUUUUUCCAGUAGUACGUAAUAACUACGUACAUUGUAAGACUGUGCUAUACCAAAGCUAUGCAAAUAAGAUAAGAAGGGGAAAAGGGAGAAGGGGUGAGCAAUAGCUUCCUGAAGUUAACGGAUCUUAAAAUUUUGGUUAAAUAUAACUAUUUUCUACUAUUUGUACUAAUUAUAAAUUAUAGUGAUAAUUUUUUUAAAUAUAUCGAUAGUGCUACGUAUAAAUUUUAAUUACAUUUUCUAAUAUCUUUUAAAGAUUUUGUAAUAUUAAAUUUGUGAACAGAUAAGGAGCCCCUUACCUUUAUACGAUCUGAAUUAUAAUGAUAAGAUGAAUAUUAUGUAAUAUAAAUUCUACUUUAUAACAAUUGUAGCGAAGUUUGUAUUAGGAUGAAAAAUAAAUAUAUAAUAUUAAAAAGA